AGCACUGUCAUCCCACGCUGUUUUUGUUUUUAUGGGCAAAUUCGUAAAAAAAUUGAAACAUGAAAAUAUCACGUUUUAAGAAGUCCCACAAAACUCUGGUGUUUUUUGCCAGCAACUUCGACUAUCGGGAACCGUACCAGGUUCUUAUUGAUGCCACUUUUUGUCAGGCUGCGUUGCAGCAAAAAAUUGGCAUAGAUGAGCAGAUAAAGAAGUACUUUCAGUGUGGAGUUAAGCUACUGACCACCCAGUGUGUUAUCUUGGAGGCGGAGUCCCUCGGAGCUCCUCUCACUGGGGCCACUUCCAUCGUCAAGCGAUUCCAUGUCCACAAAUGCGGACACGAGGGAAAACCAGUGCCUGCUUCAGAAUGCAUUAAGACAAUGACCAAGGACAAUCGCUAUGUAGUGGCUUCACAAGAUCGUCAGUUGCAGGAGAGUCUUCGCAAGAUUCCCGGACGUUGCCUUCUGUAUCUGCACAAGGCCACUCCAGUUUUGGAAGCCCCAUCUAAAGCCUCCAAAAAAUGGGUGCAACGAAGAGCCAAGAACCUUAUGCUGGGCAAGCAGGUCGAGAAAAUCGAUUACAUGAAGGAAAAACAAGGUCUUAAGCCCGCUGAUACUGCACCAAAACUCAAGAAGCACAAAGGACCGAAGAACCCCAAUCCUUUAUCCUGCAAAAAGAGCAAAAAGGAGAAAGCCGAACCAACACUUAAAGGAGUUCAGAACACCACAAUAACGAAGGCGAAACGAAAACGAGUCAAGAUUCCAGCUCAUGUCAAGGCAGCGUUAGGAACAGAUUAGAUUAAAAUUGGUUUAACAAGCAGAUAAAUAUAAGAUAAAAAAGUAAACUGCAGACUA